AUGAGGGCAAUAUUCGGCGGUCUGGGAGCAACUCAUGUUUUUUUUUUUUUUUUUUUUUUUCUUGAAGUAAACGGAGCUUGGUGCAUGGAAUCACUUCUUGAUCACUUCAGUAUGCGUGAUACGUUGGCUUACAUUGGUGCGUUUGCCGACUACAUGGCUCCAGCAUAUUUUUGGACAAAUUGGGUACACAAAACAGACAAAAUCUGCACACGUUCGUUUCUAUCGAGUACAAAUGUAAUUGCUGGAAUAGUAACGCCUCGCACAGUUGCCACACGCUCAAUAAAAUACAGUUUCUACAAUAGCAAAAGAGCUCCUCCUGUUAUAUUGGAACUCAUCCCAAAGAAAGGAUGGAGCCUGAUCCCAAACAAACCGGUUGGCCCCAUAAGAGCAUAG